AUGGAUUCCGAACUCCCGCAGAACGACCAACACUUCGAGGGUGCGUCUUGGGGAGAAGAGGGAUAUGAAGAAGCAGAUGAUAUACAGCAUAGCGACCAACAAAGUCAAGAUCCUGCCUUCCCACUUGCCCAAGCUGCGAAUGGUGACUCAGAAGAUGCUGGCGAAUAUGACCCAGAGUCGGUCACGAUAACCUCAGUUCCAGAGACCGCGGAGUCUAAGCCCCCCACCGAUUCUACCCCUACCCCUACUCCCACCACGUCCGCGUCCGCGAAGCCGAAAUCCGGCAAGCCCAAAACACAGGGUGGCUUCCUAGUGGGAGACUCUGACGAUGAGGAGGAUGCGCCCACUCCGGCUUCCGCCACCGCUGUUGCUGCAGGAGCCGCGCAACCCCCCAUUACACAGAACCACCCUCCCCUCCCUGUAUCUACUCCAGUUCAGAGCCAAGUGGGCGCCACUCCAGAACAGCCGAACAACGGGACUGCCGUGAGAGCGCCCAGUGCAGCAUCCAGUGCAGCGCAUGCGCCACCCCCUCCGACUGUGCAGCCUGUUCCUAGCAGAGACCCCAAUGACACCUUCGGAAUUCUUGAGGAUCGUGUGAAGGAGGACCCGCGAGGCGACAUGGAGGCCUGGCUAGCGCUGAUUGCUGAACACCGUCGCUACGAUCAGUUGGACGAGCUGCGUGUAGUGUACGAGCGCUUCGUCGAGGUCUUCCCUCAGGCCGCAGAUAUUUGGGCAGAUUGGGCGCAGCUUGAGCUGAGCUCCAACCGUUUCCAGGACGCCGAAGCGCUCUUUAAUCGAUCCCUGGUCAACGUACCGAACGUCAAGCUCUGGACCGUAUACCUCAACUACAUCCGCAGAAGAUAUGACCUCACCAAUGACCCUAACGGCGAGGCUCGCCGAAUCCUCAGCAUGUCGUACGACUUCGUCAUUGGCUCCGUCGGCAUCGAUCGAGACUCAGGGCAAUUGUGGAAGGACUACAUCCAGUUCAUCAAGAGCGGCCCAGGCCAGGUUGGAGGCAGCGGUUGGCAGGAUCAGCAGAAGAUGGAUCAGCUGCGCAAGGCUUACCACCGCGCAAUCACAGUUCCCAUGUCCGCACUCACAGACUUGUGGAAGGAUUAUGAUCAGUUCGAGAUGAGCCUCAAUAAGACAACUGGUCGCCAGUUCAUCCAGAAGCGCUCGCCAGCAUACAUGACAGCCAAGGCGGCGAACUCUCAGCUCGACCGCCUGAUUCCUAGACUUCAGCGGACGUCUCUUCCACGACUCCCUCCUGCUCCUGGCUUUGAUGGUGAUCAGGAGUUCAUGGAGCAAGUCGAGAUCUGGAAGAAAUGGAUUCAAUGGGAGAAGGAUGACCCGUUGGUUCUUCUUGACGAAGAACCCGAGGCGUACAAAGCCCGUAUUCUGUACUGCUACAGGCAGGCUUUGAUGGCCCUUCGGUUCUGGCCCGAGAUGUGGGUUGAUGCCGCGGAGUGGUGCUUCGCUAAUAAUAUCACCAAGGACGGCAAGGAGCUGGGCCUUUCUUUCCUGACUGAAGGCAUCGAGGCCAACCCCGAGAGUGUCUUGUUGUCGUUGAAGCACGGAGAUCGCGUGGAGAUGACUUACCCCGCUGGAGAUGACGAAGCGAGUAAGACUGCCCGCGCAAAGGCAAUUCGUGAACCUUACAGCCGUGUCCUCGACACGUUGUAUGCCAUGUCCAAGAAGAUCAAGGAGCGAGAGGAGCGAGAGGUUCGCAAGAUUGAGGAGGCUGCUGCGCGUGAUCCGAAUGUUAAGGAUUCUAUCGAAAACAACGAUGAUGAACCCGAUGGCGAUAAUCAUAGACCAGCUGACCUUGGAAAGGAGGAGCGUAUCAAGGCUGUCAAACAUGGCUUUUCGGUACAGUCGGACAUGCUCAAGCGCACUAUCUCGUUUGUGUGGAUUGCGCUUUGCCGAGCGGCGCGGAGGACACAAGGCAAGGGAAACACGAACUCGGGCCUCAGACAGGUAUUUAUCGAGGCUCGUGGUCGGGGUCAGCUUACUAGUGAUGUUUACAUUGCUGUUGCCAAGAUGGAAGCCCUCAUCUACAACGACCCUGCCGGUGGCAAGAUCUUCGAUCGUGGUGCCAAGCUAUUCCCUGAGGAUGCCAGCUUCAUGCUGGAGUAUCUUAAGUUCUUGCACUCGAAGGGUGACACUACCAACGCUCGCGUGGUAUUUGAGACCUGCGUCAACCGUCUCACACAAAAGGACGACAAGAAGGAUCAGGCUAAGCAGCUGUAUUCUUACUUCCACAAGUACGAAUCACAGUUUGGCGAGCUAUCCUCUAUUGCUGAGCUUGAGAAACGCAUGUCAGAGCUUUGGCCCGCUGACCCCAAGCUCACCCAUUUCGCGAACCGUUUCUCCGUGGAGACAUUCGACCCGAUUGCCUAUCGCCUCAUCAUAUCGCCAGCUGUCCAGCUACGACCGAAAAUGCUGAUUCCGGCUAUUGAACAGCCGACCUCAGUGCGACAGACUCCCAUGCCGCCGUUACCAGUUCGCCAGACGGCCAGCCCGGGUCCCCAGUACAUGGGCAUCACGAACUCGCCCAAGAGACCGUUCGCUGGCGAUGACUACGAAGAGCUCAACCGGCCGCGAAAGCUUGCCAGAGGAGAGUCGCCGCUUAAAGGUGCCGCUGGUCGCCGUCUUGACCAGCAGAGACGGAAUCAAGGAGCGCCUCUUUCCCGAGACAUCACCUUUUUGCUGGGUAUUCUGCCCCCAGCUCACACGUACGCGCACGCGCCAGGCGCAUUCCGCUUCAGCGCUCCCAACCUCGUCGGCCUUAUAAGAGAGACCCCUGUGCCAGACUACAGCGCCUGGAAAGCACAGCAAGAGCUUGGCUCUCGACAAAACAAUGGUAUGCAACCCCUUUCUCAAAGCCAGAAGGCAUCUGGUGACCACGCUGGGUACGGAUUUGAUGGCCGAAACUCGCCGCAGAGAACUCUCAGUCCACUUGAUGGUAGCGGUCGGCGCUUGGCGUCGUCCGGCUACCGGAGUUCUCCUCUGCGACCUGGUUCCAGUGGCGGAAAUCCCGAAGCCGCUGCAUCCCGACAGGACGCCACUCAGCAGGGACAAUACCCGCCAACGGCUUCGUAUGAUGGGAAUGCCACCUGGACACCACAACCUGCCGGCUACGGCCAAGCACCGUCACAACAGUAUGGCAGAUACCAGUUUUGA